GAGGACAUGCAGCGGCGGACGGCGAGCGAAUUGAAUCUGGACAUUCACCCAGGGAAGCAACAUAUAUCUUCUGAUCUUUGUCUUGCCUCCGGUGCAACUUCAGUUUGUCCAGUAGUGCUCUUGACAAAUUUCUAGAAUGAGGAAUGAAAUACUUGGAGAUAGGCCACCAAUUCGGUGUUGAACUCAGGUUUACACAUUGGUGCACAUGAUGUGUCAAUCAAACAUACUAUAGCCCUCAUAUAAUGGCUACUGCUGUUUGCAAAGUAAGAAUCGAAUGAUGCAAAGAGAUUUAUGCUGUAGAAGAACUUACAAGGUAGUCUCCGAAGCCCUUUCAUUGGAAUUUGACGAAAUUCACAACCACAUAGGUCACACACAAUUUAAGCCUCCAUGGUAUUAAAUAUGCCAUGUCUGUCGGUCCUCUGUUUAGAAAUGUUUUAGUCACAUAUUCUUAUGUAUUACGGUAUGACAAAAAUAGAACUUCAGGCCGUUGUUAACCGUGUUUCUCCUUUGUUUUGGUCUUCUCUUAAUUUGUUUGUUUGCUUCAGGAUGCCCCUAAUUUUCUAACAAAUGCAUGUGAGUAAAGAUUACAAUGGCUCAAAUAGCAUGUAGAUUUAAUAAACCGAAUAAUUGAUUGUUGGUGUUGUUUUACUGAUUAGCUUAGAAGCAGAGACUUAGCAUGGGGGACUGCCGCUUGAAGAGAUGCAAAUGUUGCAACUUCACCAGAGGUUCUAUGUUGGAAGUUGUGUGUGUCGGUGGUUCAAGUUCACAAGGAUUGGCACCAUGGACUGGAGAAUUGUCGCAAACAACAUGGACACACCAGAGGCAGGGGCUGCAUGCUGCCAAGUCCAAGGCGACUGCCAAGAAGACUGGGCUCGAUGUAGUGACCGAGGAGGCGCAGGCCGCAGGAAACAGAGAAGCUGAUUAUUCUGUUUGCACGACGGGUAUCCCAAAUUCUAAUUCAAACAUUACUGAUGAUAUAACAAUGUCGUCUGCCAAAUUGUGAUUCGGGCGAGCCUAGCUUAGCUGGGAACCACCGGAGACUGUGUGGUGCACGGGAGACAGAGGCUCCACCGGAUAUUUUGUCGUGCCCACUAACAACAAUGACAUGGAUAGUGAAGUCAUUGCUGGACAUGAUUGCACUAUUUGUAAUCUGUUGGGUAGUCCUAUUUGGUGGAUUUAUCUUCAAUAUAUCUGAUCUUUCUCUACAAGGAGCCUACAGUUUGUAAUGUUGUAUUUCUAAA